AUCAGCACGGCACGACUCUAAAGAUACCGUGCAUUAUAAGUUACGCCCAGUCACAAGGGCUCUCUCCAGGCAACCAUUGCAUCUUAAGACAAUGGCAUCCUCGUUUGACUAUGGUUUCAUGCUGCCUGAUGGGAGCAAAAUUAUCCAUGGCGAGGGUGUGUUGGUGAAGGACGCCUAUCCUCCAGAGUUGAACAUCCCAGGCCAGCUACAGGUUUUCAGCCCGGGCCACAGGACAGAUCCCACAACCCCAACGUUCUGCGGGCCACACGGCAUCUUCCCCUUCGAUGUCAACCUCAGGAUGCCUCGCCAUGUCCAUAUGGCUCCAAAAGCAUCCGGAGAUGGCAACCGAUACAUUGUGGAGAAACUCGUGGUCUUAAAUGGCGUCGCUCUCGCCGAGCUCAGCGGCGAGAUCUACGUGAUUCCGCCCAACACCAUGGUUCUCAUCGGCGCUGGUGUGCCUCACACUUGGACAGCCUGCCCCCCCGGGCUAGACCUCCAGGAGCUCGGGGUGUCCAAGGACGAAAGAAUUGUGUCUGAGGGCAAGUUCACCGCGGUCUACGAGUACGAGGAGCCCACGACCUUCUACCCAACGGCGCAGACGGAGGUGUUGAAGGACGAGAGUGCCUAUGUGAGAUGCGACGAUCUUCAAGCAAUCAAGAUCCCGGCAUUCACGCUUGAGCAGCUGAAGAAGGAUGCGUGGUUUGUGUGGGGGAGGGGAGCGCGGAAACUGAUGACCGUCGGGACAUGAAGAAUUAGACGGGAGCCCUCUAAUUGGGUACGACUAGCGGCGGGGAAGGAUCCCGCUCAUUAUGCCACCACACGAGGCCGCAAUCCAACACUUCAUACGGAAUGCAUCCAACUCGAUGUGCCAUUAGAAAUCAGCGACACGGAUGAUGAUGAAUGUGUUCCCAGGACCUUGGAAGUGCGGGGUAAAUUAGCUAGCUAGCUACCUUGGCUACAGUACUGCAAAACCCCCUUAUAAAUAAAGGCAGCGCAGUAUCCGAUACUGCAAACAGGACACUUCCCUCCCUGUGCUCCUUUGCCAUUCACCCAUU